AUGGUCCGGAGUCAGGUUCAGUAUACGACCCGUGGCAUUGGCGAGAUCACUCGGCCUGAACGUGAUGUAUCUCUGCUGGAGAUCGGGGGGGUCGAGCUCACAUGCGACAACAUCGAGGCUGGCUUCAGGACCAUCGAACCUUUGUCCUGGCAAGACUUCCUUAGUCAAGAUGAGGGUAACUCUACCGACUAUGCACCGGGGAUCUCGAAUAAGAUUGUGACCACGGCGGGCCACCAGCUGGGGAAAGUGAUGGGGACUGGAUUCUCCGUGUCGGUGUUGCUGGUGAUGAUCCUGUCAAAGAAUGCGGCGAUGCCUGCUGUUCUCCCGUCGUUGCUUGACAUGAACCAAUUGGUGAGCGUCGAUGUCUUUUCGGUGUUUGACUCGAAUCGCAUCAGGAAUGAAUUCUUGUCCAUCAUCGACCACGCGACCACCUUCCACUUAGUCGCUGAGUUGGAGGGUCACUCCGGGGACGAUUUCUGCAGGCAGUUCACUCAAGUUUGGGGGAAUGUCUUUGGUGCGCCGGGGACAAUUUCUGCUGAUCUUGAAUCGGGUUUGCAGGUUGGAGUGUCCAAGUACGCCGAGUUCCAUGGUUGCAAAUUGAGAUCUUCAGCAGGACAAGCUCACUGGCAGCAGGGGGUGAUUGAGAGGCACGGUUGGUGGUAUCAGGAGAUCUUGCAACGGGUCAUCGAUGAGAAGUCCAUCACCGCCGAUGAUAUGUACAUGGCGGUACAAGCUGUGAAUAGCGCGAAGAAUGAAUUGCGACGUAGGCACGGAUUCUCUCCUUCACAAGCUGUAUUCGGCAAAGAUCCCCGUACCCCAGAAGAACUCUGUUCAGGAGUUGAUGAGGAGCGCUUCAUCGAGAUCUUGUCACAGGACAGUCGUCGCCAACGAGAGGUCAGUGUACGGGCUGCGGCUAAGAUGGCAUUCUUCAGAACCCAGAUGGAUACGAAGUUCAGAAGGGCUUUGAUUCAAAGAUCCAGGGUUAAGCGUGGAGGUUAUGCUGUUGGAGAGAUGGUCUGCUUCUAUCGCAUCGAGAAGGUGGCCACAAAGCGUGGGCAAUGGAGAGGUCCCGGCACUAUCAAAGGGCACGAAGGGGGCAAUUGGUGGAUAUCUUUCGGGGGCAGAUGUCAUCUAGUAGCAGAAGAACAUUUGAGACCAGCUACUUCAGAGGAGCUUGGGGAAAUCUUCUCGACGAGAAUCGCACGAGAUGAUCUAGAACGGCUUCUCAACCUUGACCCAGAUGAUCCCGAGACCUACCAGCCACCCGAACAUGAGUCUCAGCAUGAUGGUAGCUCCCACCAAGAACCUCCACCGCCGCUCGAGGAUAUGGAUCUGGACGAUAUCGGUUGGUCUGGACCCGAGGACGAGAGCAUGAACAUCCCACUCGAGCUUGAGGGCGAGGACGCUCAGGACAGCGGGGUUUUGACUGAAGAGGGCCAAAGGGUCCAGUCUGCGAACAUGUUGAAGAAGUGCAAAACCGAUCGAUCACUUGAGAAACAGUUGGAGAAAGAACUUCCUUGGCUUGUGAUCGCUGGACACAAAGAUCCAGACAUCUGUCAUCUAGAGACGGAUGCUCCUACCAUUCAGAGGCUCACGAUCCUCACGUUGUUUCAGGUGUUGGCUAGCAAGAGGACAAAGGCCGAUUGGGUCGCCGCCGCAGGUGAUAUCACUGCAGCCUUUCUGAACGGUGAUGUCAUGGAGCGCGAGCUCUACUUGAGGAGAUGGUGGAAACGAUUGAAGCGCGAGAUGCUUGAUAUCUUGAUCUCCUACGGAGGACAGGAUCUUCACUUUGUGCAGUGCCCACUUGAUCCAUGCCUUUUUCAGCUUGUUGGGGAUAACUCCUCUGUGCCACUCGCCUAUGUCGGGGUUCACGUGGAUGAUCUGUUAGUUGUGGGUCCCAGGGAUUUGGUUGAAGCGGUCAAAUCCAAGCUUUCCGAGAAGUUCCCCGUUGAUGAGUGGGAGACGGAUCAGUUCGAUUACAUCGGCUCACAUGUGACGGUAUCCGAUGACGGGGUGCGAAUCACACAGGAGUCCUAUGCCAGUUCUAGACUUUUUGAAGUCGAUUUGGUUAAGGGACAAGACGAGCUUGAGGUUGCUAGUCUCGAACAGAAGAUUGACAAUCAGUCCUUAAUUGGUGCUUUGUCAUGGUUGAGUGCGCAGACACGUCCCGACUUGCAAUGCGGUGUAUCGCUCGCCCAGCAGCUCCAAAAGAGUCCCCUCGUUGAAGAUAUAAAGUUUACGAACCAAUUGGCCAGAAGAGCUUGGGAACAUCGUGACCAGGGGAUCCUAUUGAGGCCUCUUGACCUCACCACUCUUGAGUACAUUAUUUUUCAUGACUCAGCCUGGGCCAAUGCUAUGCUUGAUGGGGAACCUGGGUUUACGCUGAGUGAGGAAGACCACAUGAAUGGGAUCAUGCAGGGCACUCCGUUCGAUAAGAAGGCUAGCAAAGCUAAGAAAGAGAACUUGAAGGUGGCAAGCCAGAUGGGGAUCCUCAUUGCGCUGACGGAUGCCGAUGGUUUUGCUGCGGGAAAGAGUGCUAUGAGUAUCCUUGAUUGGAAAUCAUCUGCCAAUCCCAGAGUCUGUAGAUCAACCUUUGCAGCCGAGACGACCGCCUGUUCUGAGGCCAUCGAGAUGGGACAAUACGUUAGAUCCUUUGUGGAGACCGUUCUUACUGGACAGUUAUGCAGAGUUGAGAGUCUUUCCGGUAAGAAACUGAAGUGCAUAUCAGACUGCAAGUCUUUGUACGACCAUCUUCACCGAGAAGGAGUCCCACGAGUCCCCUCAGACAAACGGCUAGCUCCGCUCUUUUGGGUGCCGACGAGCUUCCAAUUAGCCGACAUCCUGACAAAGCCCAAAUGCUCUAAGUCUUGGUGGGCAACCGUGAAUGGAAUGAUCGAGCUUCCCUUCGUGAAGCCAAACCUGUGA